UCACACACUGAGAGAGAGCAAGUGAUGGAAGACAAACUGAGUCUCUGACGCGCGUAACGCUCACCUGCUGAUAUUUCCACUGACUCUUUUGUGAUUUCAUUUUUUAAUUUUUUCCACAUUUUUCUUUCUAUCAAGAAUUAUAAUAAUAAAAAAAUCUAUCACAUACUCCAACAGAAGUGGAGUUUAAGCAAUCUCAGUUUCCAUGUUGCCUAUAAUUAGUAUUUUGAGAAGCUGCGCACCGGUUGUCCAGGAUGUCCAGCAGGAUUGGAGUCAUGGAGACACUGGAGGACUGAUGCGCCUUUUGCCAACAUGCCUGUUAACUGGAAUAUAACUUUUUCCCGGCGGUCCUAUGGAAUAUAGUCCGAUUUUACACAAUCUACAUGUUGUGCCAUCAUCACCCCACGUGAAAAACAAACUGUUUGUGUUCUGCAUAAUGCUGUCCCUCUGGGUGUACAUGAUUUAUUGCUGUGUUGGCUACUGCUCCACGGUGCCAAACCUGUCGACCUACAGCUCCUCUGUGCGCAACGACUCUGAGGUGGACAACCAGGAGUCCUCUGUCUCUGUGGGUUCGUCCAGGGACUUACUGAAUAACGAGAACGACUUGGACAGCAGAGGAGACGAGUGGGCGCUGGAUGAUGAUAAUGCCAUGUCAGGUUUCCUCAAUGAGUCUGAGAGUAAGAAGUUGCCUCAGGCCAUCAUCAUCGGGGUGAAGAAAGGAGGAACCCGGGCUCUGCUGGAGUUCCUGCGGCUGCAUCCGGACAUCAGGGCGGUGGGAGCAGAGCCGCACUUCUUCGACCGAAACUACGACAAGGGACUGGAGUGGUACAGGGAAUUGAUGCCCAAGUCAUCAGAGGGCCAGUUGACCAUGGAGAAGACCCCCAGCUACUACGUCACCAAGGAGGUCCCCGCAAGAAUCUACACCAUGUCUAAAGACACAAAGCUGAUUGUAGUGGUUCGGGAUCCCGUCACCCGGGCCAUCUCAGACUACACCCAGACUCGCUCCAAGAAGCCGGACAUCCCGUCCUUCGAGAGCCUGACCUUUAAGAACAUGUCGGCAGGUCUGAUUGACACCACGUGGAGCGCCGUUCAAAUUGGCAUGUACGCCAAGCACCUCGAGCGCUGGCUCCAGUAUUUCCCCGCGGAGCAGCUGCUGUUUGUCAGCGGAGAGCGUCUGAUCAGUGACCCCGCAGGAGAGAUGGCUCGCGUCCAGGACUUCCUCGGAGUCAGGAGGGUGGUGACGGAGAAGCAUUUCCACUUUAACCCGGCGAAGGGCUUCCCCUGCCUUAAGAGACCCGAGGGGAACAGCAAGCCACACUGCCUGGGCAAAACCAAAGGCAGGACCCAUCCUAAUAUUGACCCAGAGGUGGUGCAGAGGCUACGGGACUUCUAUAAACCCUUUAAUAGCAAGUUUUACCAGAUGACUGGUCAUGACUUUGGCUGGGACUGAGAGACAGACUCAUGCUGGUCUGUGUAUUUCACUCUGGACAUAUUGUUGUAUGUACAGUAUUUGGUGGAUGUGUAAAAAGUUCAGAAGUCUAUUUUAUGAUAAUUUAUUGUUAUGAUAUUAACUCACUAAGCUGCCUAACCGGGUUUAUUCAUGAUCCACAACAAACUUAAUGUUCCAGUUUUAAUUCUCAUCGAGUACGUUCUUAUAAAAGCACAAUGUUUUUUACGGGUA